UUAUACCAAACCAAGACCGGUGAACAGUGUGCUUCCAGCAGCUAGUAGAAUAACUGGCUUCCGGGCUUUUGUUUAUUGUCUCCCAAAGACAACAUUUCAGUUAAAGUUUUUGUUUAUUUUUUUAUUACAAUUUAGCUUCAGGCGUUUGUUUUCUUUGCGUUUUUGUGCCAUAUUCGUUCAUAUACCCCCCUGUUAUAUUUGGGCUGUUCAUAAGUAUUUUUUAUUUAUUUCAAACUUUUUUCCUGUUCGGGUUUUUAACUGACCAAGAUUGGCGGCUCGGGCACUAAGAUGUCAAACCGAGUGGUGUGCAGAGAAGCGAGUCACGCUGGCAGCUGGUACACCGCCACAGGAUCCCAGCUGAAUGCACAAUUAGAAGGCUGGCUAUCUCAAGCACAAACCACAAAAAGACCUGCUAGAGCUAUUAUUGCACCUCAUGCAGGGUAUACCUACUGUGGAGCAUGUGCAGCAUUUGCUUAUAAGCAAAUAGACCCUUCAAUCACUCGAAGAGUAUUUAUCCUGGGACCUUCACAUCAUGUACCCCUCUCUCGCUGUGCACUUUCCCCUGCUGAAGUCUACAGAACGCCGUUGUAUGACCUGAGAAUUGAUCAAAAAGUUUAUGCUGACCUCUGGAAAACAGGGAUGUUUGAACGCAUGACUCUCCAAACAGAUGAAGAAGAGCACAGCAUUGAAAUGCAAUUGCCUUAUACUGCUAAAGCCAUGGAAAGCCAUAAAGACGACUUUGCAAUUGUUCCUAUAUUGGUGGGAGCUUUGAACGAAUCCAAGGAACAGGACUAUGGAAAACUCCUCAGUAAAUACCUGGCUGAUCCUAGUAACCUCUUUGUGAUUUCCUCAGAUUUCUGUCAUUGGGGACAGCGUUUCCGCUAUACAUAUUAUGACGAAACCCAAGGGGAGAUAUACAGAUCUAUUGAACACCUUGAUAAAAUGGGAAUGAGUAUUAUAGAACAGCUAGAUCCUAUAUCCUUUAGUAACUACUUGAAGAAAUACCGCAACACUAUUUGUGGGCGUCAUCCAAUUGGUGUGCUGCUAAAUGCUGUUGAGGAGCUAAAGAAGAAUGGAGUAGAUAUGAAUUGUUCUUUCCUGAACUAUGCCCAGUCUAGCCAAUGCAGGAACUGGCAGGAUAGCUCUGUGAGUUAUGCAGCUGGAGCACUGAUAGUCCAUUGAGACAUCUUUUAACUCAGGAAGCCAACCUUUGCCCACUGGCUCUCCCUGUCUCCUCUCUCCCUCCCACACCCAGCCCUAGCCUUUCCCUUUACAAAGAUUCAGAGAGUUCAGAGGUUUGGGGCAUCGUAUAAUAUGAUUAUAUAAUAUAAUUUCCCCAACAUCUCUCUUUUUUUUUUUUUUUCUUCCUGUCUCUUAGUGUAGUCUCCCCCUUGUGUUGGGGGUUAAAGGAGUAAGGCGGGUGUAAAACUUGAACGGUAGGCAUUUCUGAUUUGGGAGCAACGGACAGGAGAUGCAUUGGCUUGCGAUCUCCAAAUGACCUGUUUACUGAAUAAAAUGUAAACCAUUUAUUUAUCUUACAUUUGCACUCUUUGCAGACCUGUACACAAGUUACUCUGCUUAAAUAUUCAUUUUGCAGGAUGUAAAAUAACAAACAUGGAAGCUUUUAAACAAAAACAAACAUUUAUAAAUGAUCCUGUAUUCAUUAGGACAUGUGAGAAGCAGUAUAUGUAGUUACUGCAAACAUUGUACAACAGGAUGCUUCCAUUGUAGUUGCUAAUAAAGGGCUACACACAAAACAAAUUUCACUAUGCUGUCGUACAAUCUAUACCAAAAAGCAGCUGUUUUUGUUUUUAGCCAACAAUUAAAAGUGUGAUUUCUGCCUC